AUGGAGGCUUUCUCGGAGUUUAUUGAUGAGUUUGAACUGAUUGAUUUGCCUUUGGAGAGGUUCUCUGAUGUUGUUCAGGCUAUUUUGGCUCGUCCUAUCUCUGACCAUGUUCCGUUGAUGUUGGAUUGUGGCGGAUUGUGCAGUAGACGUACUCCUUUCAGAUUCGAGAAUAUGUGGUUGCGGGCUGAGGGCUUUCUAGAGAGGGCUCGUCUCUGGUGGGAGGGGUAUGGUGUGGUUGGCACCCCUAGUCAUGUGCUAGCAGGCAGAUUGCGUUUCUUAAAGGAAUUUCUUAAAACUUGGAAUAAAGAGGUAUUUGGGAAUCUUGAAUGGAGGAAAAAUCGGGUUCUUGCUGAAAUAGCGGCUAUUGACCGGAUGGAGGUUCAAGGGGAUUUGGUGGAAUCUUUGAAGGCUAGGAGGGCGGAGUGCAAGGCGGAGUUUACGGAGAUUGCUAUCAUGGAGGAGAUCUCGUGGAGGCAAAAAUCCCGAGCCUUGUGGCUAAAGGAGGGGGAUAGAAACACAAAAAUUUUCCACAGAUUGGCCAAUGCUCAUAGAAGAGGCAAUCAUACAGGGAGGAUUCGAGUUGAGGGGGUUAUUUUUUGUAAGGAGGAGGAGAUCUGCAAAGGAUUUUCAGAGUUUUUUGAGAAUUCGUUCACGGAGUCUAUUGAGUGGAGACCUUUGCUCGAAGGAUUGCAGUUUGACUCCAUUUCUGAGGAGGAUUGUGCUUGGGCUUGGAAUUGCCUUUUACUGAGGAGGAAGUUCUGA